CUCACACUUGGUGAGGCCUGAGGCCAGACCAGAGCAGGUGGCCCCAGGACGGGGAAGCGGGCCCAUGUCUGAGGUGGCCCAGCCCAGUGGGGAAUCCCAAGGCACAGAAGUUACGAUCCAGAUCCAGCAGCCAACAGAGAGAGCUCUGAGGUCACAGGCCAGGCGGGGCCCGCGCUCGGUGCUCAGAGUGUCCCAGCUGCUGCUCAGGGCCAUCGCGGGCCACCGGGGCCUGACUCUAGCAGUACUCAAGAAGGAGCUGGGAAACGCUGGCUACGAAGUGCGCCGAAAGAUCAACCGUCAAGCUGGGGAAUCCACCAGGUCCGAGAAAGGCACACUCUUGCGGGUCAGUGGCAGCGAUGCCGCGGGUUACUUCAGGGUCUGUAAGGUUCCAAAGUCAAGGAGAAAGGUGGGACGGUCCCGGCAGGCGCUGAGCCGCCAUUCUUCAAAGAAGACCCUGCUCCGAUCCCCCAGACCCAGCAGGCCCCGUUCACGUCGCAAGGCAGCCAAGAAGGCCAGAGAAGUCUGGAGACGCAAGGCUAGGGCUUUGAAGGCAAAGUCCAGGAGGACCAGAUCAAGGGCAGAGUCAAAAGCCAGGUCAAGCACCAGACCAAGGACCAGGUCUAGAGCCACAGACGAGGUGUGCACCAGGGCCAAGGAACAGGCUUGUGCCAGGGCCAGGGAACAGGAUCGUGUCAGAACGAGGGCACAGGCAUGUGUCAAAGGCAAGGAGCAGGAGUGUGCCAAGGCCAGGGAACAGGCACGUACGGGAGCCAGGGAACAGGCACGUACGGGAGCCAGGGUUAGGGCAAUGGAUAACAGCAAAGUACGGCCGUCAAGGGAAGACACCACGCCUCGAUCUAAAGAUGAGAGGAGGCCAAGUUCGAAAUCUAGUGACGAGAAGAGGCAGGAACCCGAGAGGCUGGUCAAACGAACCACCCAGAAGCCAGCUGUGACCAAAGCUGACAGCGCUUCCAGCGGACAGGGAAAGGCACGCACCAAGUCUAACAAAUGUGAAGGUCCUGGGUGCACAGGGAAUCCCUAACGCUAGAGCCCUUUGUCUGGGCACUGUUUCCUUUCCAGACAGGCUCCAAGGAGAGCAGUUCUCUUUCAUUGAAGCUAUUUACAAGA